GUAUGAACACUUGAUCAAUAAAGGUCAGAUUCUCUUCUUCCUUUCUCUCUUUUUUUCUCCUCAAAUAAAUUCGCGUGAGGUUAACGGUGGUGGUUGAAUUUUUGCAGAAGACGGCGUGGAAGUGGAACGGUGUUUUAUUUUUAUUUUCCUUCAGACAUGGCGCAUAAUAAUAACGUGAACGUGGUUGCGACGAAGACGAAGCCUCAAUCUUGGAUUAGUAUAGUGGCGACGGGAGAGAGUGAGGCGCUUGAUGUUGAUAAGUAUGCUAUCAUGCACCGUGUCCAGAUCCACGCUCGUGAUCUUCGGAUUCUUGACCCCAAUUUAUCUUACCCUUCCACUAUUCUUGGCCGUGAGAGAGCCAUUGUCCUCAAUUUAGAGCAUAUCAAGGCAAUUAUCACUUCUGAAGAGGUUCUGCUCAGGGAUCCAUCAGAUGAACAUGUUAUUCCUGUCGUGAAGGAGCUUGAAAGACGCUUACCUGUUAGAGACGAAUCACACCAUGGUCAAGGAGAUGGUAAAGAGAGCUCAAAUGCACAUAAUGACGCUGACGCUGGUGAUGAAGACGAAUCACCAUUUGAGUUUCGGGCGCUUGAAGUUUUCUUGGAAGCAAUCUGUAGCUUCUUAGCUGCAAGAACAACAGAGUUAGAAACAGCUGCUUAUCCUGCUUUAGACGAACUCACCUCAAAGAUUAGUAGCCGUAACUUGGAUAGAGUUAGGAAGCUGAAGAGUGCCAUGACUCGGUUAACAGCUCGAGUUCAAAAGGUAAGAGAUGAGCUUGAACAGUUGCUUGAUGAUGAUGAUGACAUGGCGGAUCUUUACCUUUCAAGGAAACUCUUUAGUGCUUCCUCAGCAUCCACUAGUCCAAACUACUAUCUUACUUCCCCAACAAUAGGCUCUAAGAUCUCAAGAGCAAGUAGAGCGAGUCUAGCCACGAUUCGUGGUGAUGAAAAUGAUGUUGAGGAACUUGAAAUGUUGCUGGAGGCAUACUUCAUGCAAAUCGACAGCACUUUGAACAGAUUAACAACACUACGUGAGUAUAUCGAUGACACAGAGGAUUACAUUAAUAUUCAGCUAGACAAUCAUCGUAAUCAGCUGAUUCAGCUGGAGCUUGUGUUAAGUUCUGGAACUGUUUGCUCAUCAUGUUACUCUCUCGUCGCUGGAAUAUUCGGAAUGAACAUUCCAUACACAUGGAAUGAUAACCAUGGAUACAUGUUCAAAUGGGUAGUGAUUGUUACUGGGAUGUUUUGUGCAAUCUUGUUCGUGUUCAUAAUGUCGCACGCUCGGUACAAAGGGCUUGUGGGAUCUUGAUGGGUGGAUUUGGGUAAAGAUAUUCUUAUGGCUAUAGGAAGUUAAAGAAAUACAUUGAGACUUGUGUAAUUGUAAAGAUGAGCUUGACUCUUCUCUAUAUACAUUAUUCCCUUACACUCAUAUAUCAUAUAAACCAAAGUUUUUUUUUAUAAGGCAAUAUGUGGUUUCUAUUUUAGUUUCUUCAUGAUUUAGAAUGAACUUCUACAAACUGUGUAUGUACAGAUGAUUGUUACAUUUCUGAAAUUAUUAUUCCAG